CAGUUUGAGCCACCGGCUGAAGGGAGGGGGGUGUGAAUCUGCAAGACUCAGCUCACCACGCCUCAGCAGCACGGUGAGUCCGUCAGCCAUAUUGACUACCUCCUCUGCUGCCGUGCAAGCGGGCAGAGGAACUACACUUGGCCGGGAAGCCUGCGCGUUGUCACUGCUGUGCGCUCCGAAGCGCGCUCCGCGUCCGGUAAGCAGCGCAUCGGGGUCGCACGGGAAGGUGAGGCGCUCUAUUUUUACCCGCCGUGGAUAUAUAAAGCAGCGCUGCCAGAGCCCGGAGGAGGAGGAGGAGGAGGAGGUGACGGCACGGCACAUCCCCAGAGGAGCCGGCUGGCGUUAGAGACGGUGGUGCCCAAGAGAGCGGUGGGAAGACGGAGGACGACUUCUUUCUGUUUAAUCAUCGACUGGGAACGAGAGCAGAGGGAAAGAUGCCCAAACCGAUCAAUGUACGCGUCACCACCAUGGACGCUGAGCUGGAGUUUGCCAUCCAGCCAAACACAACAGGAAAACAGCUUUUUGACCAGGUGGUGAAGACUGUGGGUUUGAGGGAGGUCUGGUUCUUCGGCCUGCAGUACACAGACAGCAAAGGCUACGUGACGUGGCUCAAACUCAACAAGAAGGUGACCCAGCAGGAUGUUAAAAAGGAGAAUCCUCUGCAGUUCAAGUUCAGAGCGAAGUUCUUCCCAGAAGACGUCUCUGAGGAGCUCAUCCAGGAGAUCACACAGAAACUCUUCUUCCUUCAGGUGAAAGAGGCCAUCCUGAACGACGAGAACUACUGUCCUCCAGAAACGGCCGUCUUACUGGCCUCCUAUGCUGUUCAAGCCAAGUAUGGAGAUCACAGCAAAGACAUCCAUAAGCCUGGCUACUUGGCAAACGACCGACUGCUGCCACAGAGAGUUUUGGAACAACACAAGUUGACAAAGGAGCAGUGGGAGGACAGAAUACAGACGUGGCAUGAGGAACACAGAGGAAUGCUCAGGGAGGACGCAAUGAUGGAGUACCUGAAGAUUGCUCAGGACCUGGAGAUGUACGGCGUUAACUACUUUGAAAUCAAAAACAAGAAGGGCACGGAGCUGUGGCUGGGCGUGGACGCUUUGGGGCUCAACAUUUACGAGCACGAAGACAAGUUGUCACCAAAGAUCGGCUUCCCUUGGAGCGAGAUCAGAAACAUUUCCUUCAACGACAAGAAGUUUGUGAUCAAACCCAUUGACAAGAAAGCUCCAGACUUUGUGUUCUAUGCCCCUCGGCUGCGGAUCAACAAGCGCAUCCUGGCGCUGUGUAUGGGAAACCACGAGUUGUACAUGAGAAGACGGAAGCCCGACACCAUCGAGGUGCAGCAGAUGAAGGCUCAGGCAAGAGAGGAGAAGCACCAUAAACAGAUGGAGAGGGCGCAGCUGGAGAACGAGAAGAAAAAGCGCGAGCUCGCCGAGAAGGAGAAGGAGCGAAUAGAAAGAGAGAAGGCCGAGCUGAUCGAGAGGCUGAGGCAGAUCGAAGAGCAGACACAGAGGGCCCAGAAAGAGCUGGAGGAGCAGACCCGCCGGGCCCUGGAGCUGGAGCAGGAACGAAAGCGAGCAAAGGAAGAAGCCGAGCGGCUGGAGCGGGAGAGGCAGGCGGCCGAGGAGGCCAAGGCAGCACUGGCUCAGCAGGCCGCCGACCAAAUGAAGACCCAGGAACAACUGGCAGCUGAGUUAGCAGAGUUCACCGCCAAAAUCGCUCUGCUUGAGGAGGCAAAAAGGAAAAAAGAGGAGGAAGCGUCAGAGUGGCAGCACAAAGCCAUUUCAGCACAGGAGGACCUGGAGAAGACCAAGGAAGAGCUAAAGACGGCCAUAACCUCUCCGCCGGCGCCCGAACACGACGAGCACGAUGAAACGAAUGAGGAGGCAAGCGCCGAGCUGGUCAGCGACGGCGUCAGCAGCCACCGCAGUGAAGAGGAACGCAUCACCGAGGCGCAGAAGAACGAACGUGUGAAGAAACAGCUGCAGGCUCUGAGCUCAGAGUUGGCCGACGCUCGGGAUGAAACUAAGAAAACUCAGAACGACAUGCUGCACGCCGAGAACGUCAGGGCAGGAAGAGACAAGUACAAAACCCUGCGCCAGAUCCGCCAAGGCAACACCAAGCAGCGCAUCGAUGAGUUUGAGUCCAUGUGAAGCGCAAAGAACAGUGGACAGAUAAAAGCUGAAGAGACUUUUGGUCUCAUUGCCAUGUCAACGCCUCACUUUACUUGUAAAAGCCCAAACCUGCUUGCCACUCCAGGACCUUUUUUGCUUUUUUUUUUUCUGCCCAGGAGGAAGAGCAGCUGCGAGGCUUUGCAAGUCCAGCCUCAUUAAAGGUCUGCCUGCAAGCAGCUGGCCUAUUGCACUCCUUUCUGCUAUCAGGGCUCCGCCCUUGACCUAACAAAGCACAUUUUUUGUUAAAUUAAGCUGAAAAAAAAUGGCAGAUGUCCUUGGAUUGUACAUCUCUGGUUGUUUUAAUCCUCGCAUGUGUUGUAACUAAACGAUUACAAGACCCCAUGAUAAAACUAGAGACUGGACUGAAAUGGAUGUGCUCUCCCUAAACAAAAAAAAGGCCAUUUGUAGCUGUAGCUCGCUGAUGAUGGUGGUACGCUUUAAUAUAUGUACUCUUAUUUCUUUUGUCUUGACCAUAACUUGUAUUUCUUUUUUAAACCGCCUUAUUUUGACCAUUUCUCUUCCAUUUAGUUGUCAUAUUUUUGGACAGUCACUUUUCUGUUGUUGUUGUUACAUUAAUGUAUUCAUGAAAUAUAAGUUUGCAAAGGUCACCAAUAUGCAAACCAGAUCUGCUUAUUUUACGUUCUGUUAUUUCUCUCUGUCCGUUGAGACAUUUGUUGAAAUAUGUAUUUUGCCCCAUAAUAAAGAAGGACUUUAUAUUUCCAAAUAUGCAGCUGGAGUAUGGUCCUAAACUGAA